AGAAACCAAACCCCAAAACCCCAUACAUACAGAGUCUUUUUCAAAAUGAUUCUGUUCUUAAUAAACCAGAUAUAACUCCUACAACUGAUCAGAUUUUCACAGACCUCAACACAAUGUACUGUUCAUUUUCAUUUUCUUUUCCUCUGCUUCUACUGCUCAUCAUGUCCAUCUUAUUUCUUUCUACUCCUUCUGCCUCCACCAAUCAACAGUCAACAAACAUGGAUCCUCAUGAGCUAGAAACUCUUUUCAAGAUUAUGGAAACUGUUUCCUCUGAUCAAAACUGGAGAAUUUUACAUCCAUAUCCUUGUAAACCAGGUUCAUCUUGGCUUGGUAUUGAGUGCAAAAAUGGUGUUGAUAAUAAAUCCCAUGUUACUAGGCUUGAUUUUGGCACACGUCCUAACCCAACAUGCAAGCCUACAGCCACAUUCCCUAAUCUUAUUUUCCAACUCCCAAAUCUAGAAUCUGUUUUCUUCAUACAGUGCUUCACACACAGUAGGACAAGAAUAUCUGUUUCAAGAAACAGACUUCUCAGCACUUCACUUCAGCAGCUGAGUCUAAGAUCAAACCCUUCACUCAUUGGCUCUAUCCCUUCUCAACUCUCUUCACUAAAGUCACUUCAAGUUCUCACACUGUCACAGAACAGUUUAAUUGGACAAAUUCCAGUACAAAUCUUCAGUAUGAGCUUUCUUGUACAUCUUGAUUUGACCUAUAACAAGCUUACAGGCAACGUUCCAGACCAAAUUGGCAAUCUCCAAAAUCUUGUAGGCCUUGAUUUAAGUUAUAAUAAGUUCAUAGGGCCAAUCCCUGACACAAUUGGCCAACUUGGUAUGCUCCAAAAACUGGACUUAAGCUCCAAUGCAAUUACUGGAAGUAUUCCAGAGAGCAUUGAGAACUUGCCUUCCUUGAGUUUCAUGGCUUUAAGUAACAACAAAUUAAGUGGGAAGUUUCCUAAAGGAUUAUCAAAGCUUCAGAGUUUGCAAUAUUUUCUUAUGGAUGACAAUCCAAUGUUCAUACCAUUACCAGUAGAAUUUGGUCAGUUGAAGAAACUUCAAGAAUUAAGACUUGCUGGCUCUGGUUAUUCAGGCACAAUACCAUCUAGUUAUUCACAGCUCUUGAAUUUAACCACCUUGUCAUUACAGAAUAACAAAUUGAGGGGGGAAAUCCCAGUUGGAUUUUCCAGUCUCUCACAUAUAUAUCACUUGAAUUUGAGCAGGAAUUUUCUGGGAGGUGUGGUUCCUUUUAAUUCUAGUUUCUUGAAAAGGUUAGGCAGGAAUUUGGACCUUAGUGGUAAUCCUGGGUUAUGUUUGAGUCCAUCUGAAGCAGAUGCAGUUUUCAUUGGUGUUGGAGUCUGUGGGAGAAACAACACAAAUAAUUCCAUAACCAUGCCAUUUAAGAAAUCUGAAGCUCCAUCUGGACAUAACAUAUCAUUCUUUCUUGUGGCUGCUUUAGGUAUUGUUGCAUUUCAUUAUCUAUUUUCACUAGUGUAGGCUUGUUGUAUAAUUUUUUAUUCUUUCAAGUAAAAGUUGCCACCCAAAAUUUCUUAU